AUGGGAAAUAACAAAUCAAAAGUUAAAAGAACAUUAUCAAAUUCUUCCAAAAAACAUCACCAAAACUCACAAUACUUAUUAUCAAAAGAAUCCGAAUCACGGAAUUUAGAUAAAGAAAAGGAGUUGACAUAUUACUUAUCGAAUCAUAAUGAUGAAGAUAUUGAUAGACAACAUUUUAAUCAUUUUUUUAGAAAACAUAUAUUUCAAAAUAAUUUUUCUGUUCCAAUAGAAGAAGGAUUAAUCCAAGGAGGAUGUAAAGUAUUAGACAUCGGAUGCGGUCCUGGAUCGUGGUUAUUAGAUCUAGCAAGUAAAUACGAGAAUUCUUAUUUCUUUGGAAUUGAUAUAAAACCAGUAUAUCCGAAUGAGAUAAAACCGAAAAAUUUAGAAUUCUGCGAAGCCGAUAUGUUUAAUGGAUUGCCAUUUCCCGAUAAUGAAUUCGAUUUUGUGCAUCAAGAAGUAAUGUCAUUCAUAAUAAAAGCAGAUCAGUGGAAUUAUGUGAUUUCCGAACUUAUUAGGGUGACGAAACCAGGAGGAUUUAUUGAAAUUGUUGAAUAUAUUUCACCCGAAAAUAGUGGUCCAGUAUUAACUAAUGUGUAUAAAACACGUAAGUAA